GCUGAGCGCCAAACUCAAACUCUGUCAGGACCGGGAGUUCUUGUAAGCUGGUACCGAGGGUCAAGCCUAUAGGGCAUUUUUUUUUUUUUUUUUUGCACACCCUACGGGGCAGCGGUCCGACAUGAGCCAGGUUCUGUUCCAGCAACUCGUUCCAUUGCAAGUGAAAUGCAAAGACUGCGAGGAGAGGAGGGGAAGUGUUAGAGUGAGCAUUGAACUACAGUCACUUUCUAAUCCAGUACACAGAAAGGAUUUAGUCAUCCGUCUGACUGAUGAUACAGAUCCAUUUUUUCUAUAUAACCUUGUUAUAUCUGAGGAAGACUUUCAAAGUUUAAAGUUGCAGCAAGGACUCCUGGUGGACUUCUUAGCUUUUCCACAGAAGUUUAUAGACCUCCUUCAGCAGUGUAUGCAGGAGCAUGUGAAAGAGACUCCAAGGUUUCUACUGCAGCUCAUUUCUUCAGCAGCUCUUUUGGAUAACUCACCAGUAUUUUUAAAUGUAGUAGAGACAAAUCCUUUUAAGCAUCUUAUUCACCUGUCACUAAAGCUUUUACCUGGAAAUGACGUAGAGUUAAAGAAAUUUUUAGCAGCCUGUUUGAAAUGUAGCAAGGAAGAAAAAUUAUCAUUGACUAAAUCACUAGAUGAUGUUACCAGGCAACUGCACAUUACACAAGAGACAUUAUCAGAAAAAACACAAGAAUUAGAUAAAUUGCGGCAUGAAUGGGCCUCACACACAGCAUCGUUGACAAAUAAGCAUUCUCAGGAAUUAACAAAUGAGAAGGAAAAGGCCUUGCAGGCACAAGUUCAGUACCAGCAGCAGCAUGAACAACAGAAAAAGGAUCUCGAAGCCCUCCAUCAACAAAGUAUCCAGCAGCUACAAAACAGAUUGUCUGAAUUAGAGGCAGCUAAUAAAGACCUCACUGAGAGGAAGUAUAAAGGGGACUCCACUGUCCGGGAACUGAAAGCGAAGCUUGCUGGUGUGGAAGAGGAGCUGCAGCGAGCCAAGCAAGAGGUCCUUUCUCUGAGAAGAGAGAAUUGUACUCUGGAUGCUGAAUGCCACGAGAAAGAAAAGCAUAUUAACCAGCUACAAACAAAAGUGGCAGUUUUAGAACAGGAAAUCAAGGAUAAAGACCAGCUUGUUCUGAGAACAAAAGAAGCGUUCGAUACAAUUCAAGAACAAAAGGUGGCUUUAGAAGAAAAUGGCGAGAAAAAUCAGAUACAACUAGGAAAACUUGAAGCUACAAUUAAAUCAUUAUCAGCAGAACUUUUGAAGGCAAAUGAAAUUAUCAAGAAGUUACAAGGGGAUCUUAAAACUCUCAUGGGUAAAUUGAAACUGAAGAAUACAGUUACUAUUCAGCAAGAAAAGCUAUUGGCUGAGAAAGAAGAAAUGCUACAAAAGGAGCGAAAGGAAUCGCAGAACACUGAACAGUGUCUUCGAGCCAAAGAACAAGAGGUAUGCACAUUACAAGGGCAAUUAGAAGUUACAGUUCAGAAACUUGAAGAAAGUAAACAACUUUUAAAAAAUAAUGAAAAAUUAAUCACGUGGCUAAACAAAGAACUAAAUGAAAACCAGCUGGUAAGAAAGCAGGACACACUGGGAAGCUCUGCCACUCCACCUGCACUCUCUAGUAGCAACACCAUCAGAAGUGGGAUUUCUCCCAGCCUGAAUGUGGUUGAUAGUAGACUAAACUAUCCGAGCUGUGGAAUUGGCUAUCCUGUUUCCUCUGCGUUCACGUUCCAGAAUGCUUUUCCUCAUGCAGUAUCUGCUAAAAACACUAGCCAUCCAAUCUCUGGACCAAAGGUUCAGUUUAACUUGCAGCUUACAAAACCAAGCACAGCACUAGAUGCGCAGCCAGGAGCAGCUAUUGGCAGGCCUUGCUCAACUGAUAAGGAAAAUGGCCAAAAUUUAGGACUAGAAUCCAAAUACUUGAAGAAAAGAGAAGACAGCAUUCCUUUACGUGGACUCAGCCAGAAUCUAUUUAGUAAUUCAGACCAUCAAAAAGAUGGCAUGUUGGGAGCAUUACAGACAUCUUCUAAGCCCACAGUUGUCCCCUCUUCAUCUUCAGCAUAUUUCCCUGGGCAGUUACCAAAUAGUUAAUCCAACCUUUUAUUUCUUACUGAUAGUUUAGAAAUUUAAGUGGUUUAACAGUCCAUUAACAACAAAACCAAGUUUUUCUUGUUCCUGUUAGAUUUUUAGAUCUUUUAUAAUACUGCUGCCAUUUACAAACUUAGGGAAUUGAUAGAUUCUGAGUAAAUGGCAUUUUUUUAUUCUGUGAACAGAAUGUUUCAACAAAUAUCACUGAAUUUUAUCAGAUUCUUAUCAGUUGGUCUGAAUAAGGGACUCCCUAAAGAAAAAUACACCCUGCAAGGGAUAGUAGUAAGCUGAAGAAAGCUUAUGGGGCAUACUAUCACUUUUAUUAGUAAAACCGUUCUUAAUUUGCCACCUGAACAUUGGAGAAAGAGCUUCCACUGUGAUCAUUGGUCUUUACAUUGAUGUCAUAUAUAUAUAUAUAUAUAUAUAUAUAUAUAUAUAUGUAUGUUUUGUUUUUUAAACAGGUUCUAUUUCGUAGUUCAGGCUGUCCUGGAACUUGCUAUAUAUGUAGACCAGGUUGGCCUCAAACUGAGGUCCAUCUGCCUCUGUUAUGCAGUAUAUUCUGAUUUAUUGUUUUUCUUCCUAACUCCUCCCAGAUGGUCUCCACUUCCCUGCCCACCCAAUUUCAUGUUCUUUCUUCCUCAAAAAAGAAAAAACAAAAAAAUCAAAACCAGUAAGACAAAAAAAUACCAAACCAAAACCAAUGGAGUCCAUAUUGUGCUAACCAACUACUCCUGGGCAUGGGCGUUUGGAGUUUGGUUGAUAUACCCAGUGACACUCUUAAGCACUUUAAAUGAGUGAAAUUAAGUAUUCAUAGUAAAUUAUUUUCUCUAAGACAUUUUUUUUAUCUAUGAAAUAAUUUUUAUUUAAGAAUAAUGUGGACAGUGUAUUUACAUGUCUGAAGUGCUUUAGUUAUAUGGGUGAACAUAGAGGAUUUUGACUCUUCCAUACAAAAUCUUCAGUGUAAUAUAGCAUCAUUAAUACUCAUUACUUUUUUUUUUUUUUUUUUUUUUACCAGAAUUUGCACUCUGUUAAUAAAGCAGGAAAGUGAACUAUUGGAAGUUACAACUUUAUUACUAAAACCUUCCAAGAACUAUUCUUUGGAAUUUAGUUUAAAAAAACAAAAAACCCAAAAACUUUAGCGUGGGGGGCUGGAGAGAGAUGGCUUAUUGUUUAAAUUGUUAAACUGCUUUCACAGAGGACCCAAGUUCAAUACCCCAAACAUGUUAGGUGGCUUAAAAUAACCUGGAACUCUGGCUCCUGGAGACCCACUGUUGUCAGCAGAUACCACAUUCAAGUGCAAAUACAUGUGUGGACACACACACAAAACACAAUUGAAAAAAACCCCAACCUAUAAUCUUAGUGGCAAUUUCCCACUAAAGGAAAUUAAAAUCCUCAGAAGAUCCCAAAAUCUUAUUUGUAAAAAUGCUAACAAUCAUGUGAUAGUUUUAAAAAGUUUCAAGGGGCUGAAGGGGUGGCUCGGUGGUUGGUUAGCACUGGCUCCUCUUUGAUAGGACGGGGUUCUAUUCCCAGAACCCACAUGGCAACUCAGAAUUGUUUAUCACUCAGAUCCAAGAGACCUCUUCUGUUCUUUGAGUGCAUCAGGCAUGCAUGUGGUGUCUAGAUAUGCAUGCAAAACAUUCAUACACAUUAAUUUUUCAAAAGCCAGGCACAGUAGUAGCACAUGCCUGUAAUCCCAGCUUGAUUUACAAAGUGAAUCCAGGACAGCCAAGACCACACAGAAAAACCCUGUCCUAAAAAAACAAAACAAAACAAAACAAAUUUUUUUUUUCAAGUACUUUAUGACAUGUCAAGUUUACUAGGGCCAUACACAGUAAGACAGGGAGGGACCUUUAAUCUCACUUUGAGGAUGCUGGCAACUGGCAAUACCUUCAAGGGGUGUAAUCGAAGUUCACUGAUGGCACUUAUUCUGUAAAGAAGUCUUUCAGCAAUGCUGGACUACUGUAAAUACUUGUAAUAUACGUAGGGAUGUGGCCGGCUUUGGAAGGGAUACGACAUACUUAGCUUUUUAAAAGAGAGACUCUAUCCCUAACUAUUUAAAAACACACAUUCCCAAGAAAGGACAGCUCUUUCCACAGCAGGCUGUUAGUGAGCUGUGCUAGGUGUCCAUGCACACAGACAGUACAGAUUCUCUGCUCUACCUCUUCAACUUUUGUUUGAAAUUAUUUCGUGGUGUUUAACUGUACAUGUGUUAAUAAUCAAAAUGUUGCUUUAAUGCUACUGUGACCUUUGUUAAUAAAGUACCAAAACCUGGGAGUUUUAUGUGCCAGAAGCAUGUUUAGAAAAUAAAAGACUAAAGACUGUCCUGCAAUGUCUGUGCUUCGGUAAUCAACUUGCAAAUUCUGCAUUUUUAUCUAUCUUCAGUUUUUUUUUUUUUUUUUUGGGGGGGGGGUGAAGUGGGCAAACAAAUGGAUUGCAGAGUAGUGAAGAUUUGUUACUGUAAAAAUGUUUAUGGUAACAAAGCCCAAACAGGCCUUACAGGGACUCACAGAUCAAGACUUUUUUAAAAAGAAAAAAAUCAUUAAAAUAUUUAAUUUUAUUAACAGAAUAUUUACAUUUUGAGACCUUAUUUAAUCAUAGUGAAUGCUCCAAGUUUAAAAAGCAUUAGGCAGUAACCACACACAAGAUGAAAACAGUGUAAACUAUACAAUACUUUAUGUACAAUUUUUACAAAGUAACACUUUUUUUAAAUAAUAUAACUGGACACAAAAAUAUACACUUUAGAGAAAUUCACAUCAGUAAUUGUAUAAAGCUCUCUUCUAGGGUCCUGAAAAUUUAGGACAAACAUUAGCUCUGUAAAUAAAGUGUUACUGUGACAGUCCUGAAAGGCCACUAUAUAUAUUUAUCUACAUA